UUGGGCUGCGGAUUCUUGAUCAGAUCCACCUAUCGCCACUGACUGCCUCCCUCAUCAACUAUGGCUGAGAAGUUCACUGAAAUGAGACUCAAGGUUGAUCUUCAAUGCCCCUGCUGCUACAAGAAGGUCAAGAACAUCCUCUGCAAAUUUCCUCAAAUCCGAGACCAGGUAUAUGAUGAGAAGCAAAAUCUGGUGACCAUCACCGUGGUGUGCUGUAGCCCGGAGAAAAUCCGCGACAAAUUAUGUUGCAAGGGUGGCAAAGUCAUCAAGAGCAUUGAGAUCGUACCAGAAAGAGUAGUAGAACAUGGAAGAAAACCAAUAGUACACGCAAAGCCCGAAGUGCCGGAAAAGUCAAAGCCAUCGCCAGAAAAGCAUCCCAAAAAAACUCCGAGGGCACCUGAACCGUGCUUGCACCCGCCAGUUCCAAAGGGGUUCUGCUGUGUCCCAUGUUCGGAAGGGUACGGCGGGGGACCAUGUUACCAUGGGUACGGGCGGCCCAUGCCCCCGCCACUCUGUUAUGUUAGCUAUGGAUACGGGUGCGGGUGCAGGUGCGGGUAUGGGAAGCGGUAUCGGUACAACUUCUGCGAUUAUUUCAGUGAGGAGAACACUGAGGGUUGCACGAUUAUGUGA